ACCUCUCUCAGCUGCCGUUGAUAUGUCAAAGAAGCAAGCUAAGAAGCAGGUGAAGAAUAUCCAGCGAUGUCUGAAGCAUUUAUCCGCUAUAGUUGGUCACCAGUGCACCACCACCUCGGCAACAACCAAAUGUGUUCUCCUUGGUAACGCAGGUCACGCUAAUGGUAUCGGCAGAGCUGACGUAAUCUCUAUUUUACACCCAUAUCUUGAUGUGAAUUCCUACAAACUUUACUUCCCGCCUGGCAAGCAAUUUUCCAUUCUCUUUACUGACGAUCUGUGUGAUUGUUUAGCAGAUAAAGUGAACACUUCUCAGAUUAGAGAGAAUGUAGUCUACUGUGCGUUUAUCAACGAGCAAAUAUCGUUUGAGAUAUCACAGGAGAUCAAGCUACCGGGGUUGAAGCUUUUUCAGGAUAUUAUUUCAGAAGAAUUUGAGAAAGACCUUCUGAAACUUUUUUUAGAACAUUCUGAAAACCGGUCGAUGUCCCAAGAUGAGCUUAAAAACCGGGUAACACUGCACUAUGGUUAUAAAUUCGAUUACAAAACAAAUAUGGUAGACUUGAACGCUCCUUUAGACCAUCAUCCGAUACCCUGCUCUGUUUUAAAAGUCCUGGAAAUCAUUGAGCCCAAUAUUUCAAUCAGCCCUAAUCAGUUAACAGUGAAUAUCUAUCAGCCAGGCCAAGGUAUCCCCAAACACGUAGACACACACUCUAUCUUCACGUCGGAAAUAUUGUCUGUUAGUUUAGGUUCUGAUGUGGUUAUGCACUUUAAAAACCCCACAACAGGUCAAGUUUUGCCGGUGUUGAUCCCCAGCAGGUCUCUAACUGUCAUGUCAGGAGAGUCACGGUACUUGUGGCACCACGGCAUCACACCUCGUAAGAGCGAUGCGUUACAAGACCUGACAGAGCGGCAACUUAGGAUAUCCUUAACGUUGCGAGAAUGCACGGCAGAGCCUUGCAAGUGUGACUACAUUUCCCAAUGUGACUCCCAAAACUACGGGAAACCCGCGUAUGACGUAGUGGAUGGCGGUGCGCGGCUCGAGAAUCAGUAUGUCAGUUCAGUGUAUGAGAAUAUCGCAGCUCAUUUCUCCAGUACACGCCACUCCCCCUGGCCGGGUGUUGUUAACUUCCUCAACACUCUCCCCCCACGAGCACUUGUAGUGGACGUAGGGUGUGGGAACGGUAAGUACUUGGGGGUAAGGGAGGAUGUGAGGGUUAUCGGUAACGACAACAGUUACAAUCUCUGCUCUAUUUGCCGAGAUCGUGACCACGAGGUGUUCGCUUGUAAUGCCCUUGCAAUACCACUGCGACCUGGCUGCUUUGAUUCAGUGAUCUGCAUUGCUAUGCUACAUCACAUAGCCACGCCCAGCCGCAGAGUGGCUGUUCUUCAGAAUCUAGCUGACCUCCUAACCCCAGGUGGUUUGGGGUUGGUCACUGUUUGGGCUCAGGAGCAGCAACUAGAUAUGGACCUCCCAGAACCGUGCAGACCCUGUCCGACCGAUGGGACAGAGCAGGGAGUGGGUAGGCGACACUUCGACUCUCAGGACGUUUUCGUAGACUGGAAGCUGAAGGACUCAGAGAGUAAGGGCGGUUUAGAAAGCUCCGAGAGUAAGAUGUAUUACAGGUAUUACCACGUGUUCAGAGAAGGGGAGUUACAGGAGCUGUUUAGUGAGGUUACCAGUAUUCAACUACUUGACAUCACUUAUCAGAAAGCGAACUGGUGUGCUGUCUUUAGGAAAUUGUGAAAUUAUGGGGUUGUGGUGUAUUAUAUUGAACAUUUUUUUGGGAUUUAGAAUUUCAGAUAGAUUUUAGUUUCAAAUGAUAACUCCUGUUCAAAUUUUGUUGAAAUGGUUUUUAA